AUGACUCACCAUUGCACCAAGUUCUCCGGCCACUGGAAGAUCAUUGUCUUUGAUGAGGAGUGCUUCCAGGGCCGCCGCCAUGAGUUCACCUCUGAGUGCUGCAACGUGAUGGAGUUUGGCUUCGAGACUGUGCGCUCCCUCAGAGUGGAGAGUGGAGCCUGGGUGGGUUAUGAGCAUGCCUCCUACCAGGGACAGCAGUUUGUCCUGGAGCGUGGAGAGUACCCCCAGUGUGAUGCUUUCGGUGGCAGCAAUGCCUAUCACAUUGAGAGGAUGACCUCCUUCAGACCUAUUGCCUGUGCUAACCACAGAGAGUGUCGUAUGACUAUCUAUGAGCGUGAGAACUUCCUGGGCCGUAAGGGUGAGCUUAGUGACGAUUAUCCCUCCCUCCAGGCCAUGGGCUGGUGCAACAAUGAAGUUGGCUCUCUCAGGAUCCAGUCUGGAGCAUUUGUGUGCUACCAGUACCCUGGUUAUCGUGGAUACCAGUAUAUCAUGGAGUGUGAUCGUCACUGUGGGGAGUACAAACACUUCAGGGAGUUUGGCUCCCACUGCCAGACCCCUCAGAUCCAGUCCAUCCGCCGUAUUCAGCAGUAACA